UUUUUUAAAACCACAAAAGUUGAACAGCCAUGGCGCCAAUUAGAAAUACUGUAAACACAAAAUAAUGACAGAUUAAACAAAGGCAUAGAUAUCAUGGCUUUGUCGACACAACAAAGCGACGAUGAUAGUCACUAUGUCCUGGUUGCCAAACUCGACAAUGCCAGGAAUAUAUCAUCGAUUUUAAAAGCCAUAAACUUUAAAGAAAAUGCCACAGUGUUUGCAAGUCCCAUGGGGUUAAAAGUGACAGUAGAAGAUUCAAAAUGUGUCCAGGCCAAUGCAUUCAUACAAGAAGCUAUUUUUCACGAGUUCUCGAUUAAGGAAGAACAAGUGAUGUUUAAGAUAAAUCUUACAGUUCUGUUGGAGUGUCUGACAAUAUUCGGAAGUAGUGCUGCACCAGGUGUCACCACAAGUCUCAAGAUGUGUUACGCAGGUUACGGCUCUCCUCUCCUGGUCAUAUUAGAAGAGGAAGGUGUAUUGACUGACUGCAGCAUUAAAACCAUGGAACCAGAUGAAAUCCUUGACUUUGAUUUUUGUAGUACAAAUGUCGUAAACAAGAUCAUCAUUAAGUCGGAGUGUUUGAAGGAAGUGUUCAGUGAGCUGGACAUGACGAGUGAAGUGUUACAGAUAUUAAUGUCACCUGACCAGCCCUACCUCCAGCUGUCGACAUUUGGAAAUGCUGGCAGCACACAUUCAGUAUUUCCCAAAGACUCUGACAUGGUGGAAUCAUUCCAGUGUACACAGACACAGACAAACAGAUAUAAGCUGUCACUACUUAAGCCUACAGCAAAAGCAUUGACAAUUUCAUCUAGAGUUUCAAUACGAACGGACAAUCGUGGCUUUUUGUCACUUCAGUAUAUGGUCACUAAUGAGGAUGGACAAGUCUGUUUCGUUGAGUUCUAUUGUGCUCCAGAUGAAGAGUGUGAUGACCCUGAGCACUAACAAAACACAAGCAGACCAAUCGGUAUCCCAUGAUUCAGCUGUGUGCCUCCAACCUUAAAAUGUGGAUACCAGUUCUAGAACCGAUUAUAAAUUGCAAUAUUGGUUGCCUACCAUUCUGUCUGUACCCCUGGAGACAUGGAAAGAAACCUGAAUGAAACACAACAGUAUACAACCAUAGCAUUUAACAAUUACAGAUCUAGAAACUGUUUUCAAUGCUGAAUAUGAAGAAUGGAUAAAUAAUACACCAGCAGAAUGGAUCGAUACACAGGGAAAAUGAAGAAAGUUUUAACCAAGAGCAUCCCCUCAUGGAAUGGUGAACAUCCCAUGUAUUACGUAUGAGGUUGGGGUACACUUUGUGAGAAGUCAAAUUUAUUUUCAUCACUGAAUAUACAACAUGUACACACACAGUGUGAUCAUUAAAUUUUUAUUUAUUA